AUGCGUUUCCCCGUUCGCCUCUCGCCGCCGGCCACCGCGGCGGCCGCCACGGCCGGCGCCGUCCUGGCCGCCGUCGCUCUCCGCAGGUACCUGCGCACCCGCUCCUCCAUGGCCACGUCGGCGCACCGGCGCGGCAGCGCCGGUGGAAUCACCCUCGUGGUCUCCGGCAAGUCCACGGAGGACCAGCAUCUCCUCGCCGCCGCCGGCGGCGCGCUCGUUCUAGGGGAGGGCGACUCCGUCGAGGAUAUCACCGUGUCGCUCGACUCCGGCGCGGGCGCGGGCGCGGGCGCGGGCUUCGACGCCGGCGCUUACAUGGCGGCGCUCCGGGCGUCCCGCUUCGGGAGGUGGAUGCUCUGGUCGCCCAGGCUGGCCUCCACGCACGACCUCGUGACGCAGAAUUUCGCCAAGCUUCCGGUGGGCGUCGUCUGCGUCGCCGACGUGCAGUUCAAAGGGAGAGGUCGUUCAAAGAAUGUGUGGGAAUCACCACCAGGAUGUCUCAUGUUCUCCUUCACUUCACAGAUGGAGGAUGCACGGAAACUGCCUCUUAUGCAGUACGUUGUCUGCCUUGCCAUGACCGAAGCCAUCAAAGAACUGUGUUGUGCUAAGGGGCUUUCAGAACUUGAUGUUAAAAUAAAAUGGCCCAAUGAUCUCUAUCUGAAAGGGCUAAAAGUUGGUGGCAUUCUUUGUACUUCGUCUUAUCAACCAAAAGUAUACAAUAUUUGCACCGGUAUUGGUUUAAAUGUUGACAAUGAGGAGCCUACAACAUGUUUGAAUGCUGCACUGAAAGAAAUGAAUGCUAAUUUGCCCACAUUGAAACGUGAAGACAUACUGGCAUCAUUCUUCAAUAAAUUUGAAGUUCUUUUUGAGAUCUUUACAAAUGAAGGAUUUCAGGCGCUUGAGGAACAGUACUACAAUUCAUGGCUUCAUAGUGGACAGAAGGUCGUUGUGCAGGAUGGGCCUGAAGCCCAGCAUGCAGACAGUGUGGUUACUAUUCAGGGGUUGACACCAGCUGGGUACUUGUAUGCUAUUGGCGAGGAUGGCAAAAGCUAUGAGUUGCACCCUGAUGGAAACAGCUUUGAUUUCUUUGCAGGGUUAGUGCGAAGGAAGAUGGAAACGUAGUUCUACAUGAAUACAUACAUAGGUAGAAGAGCAGUGUACAAUAAUGGAUAGAAGGCUGCUAAAAUCCACAUACUUGUAAACAUGAGGGGUUGAAAUGUUUUCAACUAUGUAAAUUAACUUUGAGAAACUGCUACCACCUUUGGGUUUGCUACUGCUAACAUGGCGCCAUCAGGCACAAGAUCAAAAUAAGCCUUCCAAUUCAAGGUGGGAUUAAAGAAAAGAAAAGGAGUUGACCUGUUAAGUCCUGUAGAGACUCAAGGACCAGAAGGAGCCAUGCUUUGAGUGAAAUGUUUCUGGCUUUCUGCUACCCUUUUGUAAGUUGUAACUUUCUUGAAACAGUGUAACAAUGAUUGAUGCAAUAAUAUAUCAUCUGAGCUUGUUAACUUAUUGUA